ACUCCAAGCUUGCAAAAUGAUGCGCGCGCAGCAUUUAGUGUGUCUUCUAUACGAUUCGUCCACCGAUCAACUCAUUGUGUAUGUACAAUCGUCCAUUACUGCAAUAACAGUAAAUUCGUCGCAUUUUAAAUAAAUCCAACCCGAAUGGAAAUACUUUAUGAGCAAAACAUAUGCAUAUAAAAAAUCUUGAAUUCUUACAAUUGGAUUAUAACAGCCUUGGUCUGAAAAGUGGCUUUUGAACUCCAUCCUGAGAACUUCUGCAUCGCUGCAAUGUGGAGCCUGUCUGUACAUCGCGAAAAGAAAAUUGGCCGACUUUGAUAAGGUGGAGAUGUACCGCGCUAAUAUGGUCAUAUGGCGUUAGCUAUCCAGAAUUCUAUGUACGCGAUGUAUCACAUCCGCCAUCUUGCUCUGCGUGGACAAUUAACUGUGAGAGUGGUUUUGAAUGUGAGAUCAUUUGCUUGGACUUGGUCAGUUUGAUGAAAUUUUCGAAAACAUGCCGUCUUGUGCUCAUAUCUACUGCCGGAAUUCAACGACGAAUUUCAAGACAAAAGAUGGGCGAAUGUUUUCUUUCCAUGAGUUUCCAGCUGAUGCUGCAACUCGACAAUUAUGGCUUGAGUACCUUCAGCGAGAUGGAUUCGUGCCCACCUCAAGGUCAGUAAUCUGUUCCGAGCACUUCAAAAAGGUCUGCUUUCAACCUAAAUCUGGCACCCAUCCCCCCCAGUUACGUUAUGGUGCUGUACCAACGCUGUUUUCUAGACAGUGGAACACCAAGGUCGUGGGGAAAGAAGAGGAAGAUGACAAAUCAAGCGAUGGGGAGCGUGAGAGCUGGAGCAGGUGGCACAGCUUGAAAGACAAGAAUGGCUCAACGACAGCAGAUGGACAGACUGAUGCAUCCAAAGGACUUCAAGAAAUGCAGGAACUCAUGGAUGAAGAUGAGGACGAUGACGGAGACUUGAGCGACGAAAUAGAGGUGGUUGAGGACGAUGACAAAGAUUCAAACGACGAAAGAGAGGAGAUGGAGAAUGACGAAAGAGAGAAGGUGGAAGAUUCGAGGAAGGAGGCUUUGGAGGACAGGACUAGAGUAGCAUCACGAUCUUCAGGAGUAGUGCAGCCAGAUGUGCCAGCAAAGAAUGGUACGACGCAGAGUGCUCUAGACGUCAUUCGUAGAAGUGAUAAGAUCACUCUUGAUACAGUUACUAUGGAUGCAUCAUUGUCAGCCGUGAAAGUCGGUAACCAGAAGAUGAUAUCUCUGACCUUCCAGGACGUCCUGAACUCUCUUAUUACGCCCCAAGAAAGUGAUUCCUCUGCAGGGCACAAAGAAUCUUCAGGAAGCACUCCUACCUCUAGUAAGGUCGCAGGUCACCAGAACACAGAUAAUCAGGACGUCAGCAGUCAAUCAAAAGGCUGGACGGCUGUCGAAGGAAAGGCAACGCAGCAAUCGCUCAUCACUCCAGAGUUGUUGAAAUCACUGAAAAAAAGGGGAAGGGAGAGGACCAAGGGUAAAGACAAAAAGGGGAAAGGAACCAAGACAGGCCGAAAGGGCAAAAUGGUCAUCUCCAUUUACAGAAAGAAUUCCAUGGUACGGGUCAUCUCUUCCAAGGAUCUACCUUACCUGUGUGGCAAUUGUGGGUCGGCCUUCACCCACGCGAGCGUGCUGAAAGAACAUGUCGAAUCGAAACACAACUACUAUGAGCCCCUGGAGAUAAAUACAAGUGAAAUCGUGUCAGAGGUUGUCACUCAUCGAGAGUUUCUGAAGGAAAACCUCAAAACAAAAGACCAGGUCAAAGAACUUCAAAAGAUGUAUCCCAAACCAGAAUCUAGUGCUGUGAGCAAAGGGAGUGAACCUAGAUGGUUUGAGAAGGUUGAACAAUCAAACUCCCCUAUUCCCGUGGCUGAGUCGGAGGUUGAUGACCCGAUUGGUGAUGAUGCUAGCGAUCUUGGUGACGACCAGGAUGUCGGUGGAGAUUCACCUCGGGAGAUUCCAGGUACGAAGAAGCGUAAACGAAAGAAACCCUACAAGAAAAGGCACAAAGAAAGAUGUCAUAGGUGUCCAGUGGUCUUUACUACUCUGGCCCAACGUAAGCAGCAUUUGACUGAGGUGCAUAGUGAAUUCCAAACCCGGGAAGAUGCAAACAAUAUGUGGAAGAGUAAAACCGGUAUGUCGGCUGACGAAAUAUUCAAGUGCUUAUACUGUGACACCUACUUCAUUAGCGCCGAGGAUGCAGAAGGGCACCUGAAUAAGCAUUGUGGUUUAGAUGGGACCAAAUGUGAGACCUGUAAGGAAGGAAUUAAGUUGUGGCAUGAAGGAAGAAAUAUGGAGCUAGAGCAGCUGCAUAGAAGAUAUGAAGGCCUAAGAGAACAGGAUAAGGAUAAAGAUGAAGCUUUGAAGGAGACUGAAGGUGCAGAACAGAAAGAUGAUGAAGGAGCCUCUGUGAACAGCAAGGGAGAGGUAAAUGCUGAAGACCUCAUCAGACAGUCUUUGGAACGGGUCAAGAGAAUUUCAAACAAGCACUACGUCAUUGCCAAAUGCUUUGACUGUAAUGAAGAGUUCUUCCUACGCAACCAUCUGCAGAAUCAUUACAGAAUGCAUGAGAAGUUCACCUGCAAAGAAUGUGGGGAGGAAUGCAAAACGAUGACAGACUACCAGAAUCACCUUGAGGUGGUACAUAAAGUUGGUCUAUGCCCUUGUCUGUACUGCCCAAAGAAAUUCCCCAACAUGGGAAAACUGAAUUAUCAUAUGCUAGGUCACCUUGGUAUGUUUAGGUGCAUUUUGUGUGGAAUAACCCUGAUGUCUAAACAGUCCCUUGAAAAGCAUAUCCAAGCAGCGGUAAAUGACCCAGACCACAUACGCCAAAAGGUUAAUGAGGACCAAGUCACAUACUCCUCCUCUAAUCCCUUCAUUGUACGAAGCGAGGAAGGAGCAUAUGUUCAACAGAGAACCUAUCGUCGUCGCCUACCCGUAGCGAGAAGCAUUCCCUGUAAGUUCUGUGAUCGACAAUUCGGCUACAUCCAUGGUCUACGUAGGCAUAUGCGAUCAUCUCACCCGAAGGAGGAGGUGCCUAUGCCGGACGGGCCAGGCUUCUGCUGUGAGCAAUGCGGUUUAGUCCUAGCAACAAAACAAUCCUUUAGGUUGCACCUUCAGACACAUAACAAGAGCACCCAUCCUUGUCCUAAACCUGGCUGUAAAGCGGUGUACUCAAACAAAUACUCCUUGAGAUACCAUUUGAAGUUACACAAUAAUACCACCAACCCCAUUGGACGCAGGUUCAGGUGUGAAAUCUGUAGCGGAUCAUUUAAAACGCAGCAAUACCUUGACAUGCAUAUGAGGACUCAUAGCGGGUUGAAGCCGCACACUUGUAGAUUUUGUCAGAAGAGCUUCCGCAACGUCACUCACAUGGUGUACCAUGAAAAGCGCAUGCACACAGGUCAGCUGGAUCAUGUAUGUGAGGUCUGCAGUAAAGGCUUUGCUGACCCUUCAACCCUGAAGGUUCACUUGAAGAUCCAUUCCGCUGAUAGGCCAUUCGUAUGCAAGUACUGCUCAAAGACCUUCCAAACAGAGCUCUACCUCCGCGCCCACGUACGAGUCCACACCAAACCCUUCAAGUGUUCCCAGUGUGGUGAGGGCUUCUCCCAGCAAGGCGCCAGGAGGAAUCAUCUCCUAAAAGUCCAUGGUAUCAAUAUGCCGAUGAGCAGAAGCAAAGUUAGGCAUCCCACUCCAGAUGAAGCAGAGCGAUCAGAUGAGGGCAGUGCUGAGACAGAAGAAGAGAUGGAAUUAGAGGAUAUGGAUGUGAGCGACACACUUGUCAUCACUGCUGAUAGUGGAGAUAAAGAGAUGAUUUCUAAGAUAUUAGCAGGCAUGUACUGAAGCAGGUUAAAAGGUCAAGCCACGGUAGCCACCCCCAACAGAAUGUCAAGUUGAAUAGAGAAAAAUGAAACGAGCAAUAUGAAAUAUAUCAAUUUUUACAGAUUCAGUGAUAGAUAGCUCUUUACAAGACAAAUGAAAAAUAUAAUAGCAAUUAACAAUUUCGUAAGGGUUCUAACCUGUUUUUUACUUAUUUUCAGGAAAUACAUAUAUGAUAUCAUGGGGUUGCUCAUUUGCUUAUUGCUCAUGAAGUGCAUCACUUUUUCAUGAAAAUAAACCAAACUUUAAAAUCCUGUGUUUUUGUCACUUCAGGUACAAUAUCAUUUCUAUGAAACUGUCUGUCAUAUGCUUAUUUGAUUUUUAUAUAAUCAUUCAACUCAAGUUUGUGUUGGGGUAGACUUGCGCAAGCCUGAACUCAACAACAAAAUUGUAAUGAAGCAUUUUGUACACCUUGAAAUAUGGUGAAUCCUAUUUAUAUAAAACAAUGUUGUUGAGCAGCUAGUCUUUAUACACAUGUUCAGUUUAUAAAGCACACGUUUAAAUUGGAAGUGAGGGAGAAAAAAGUUAUGGGUUUUUAUUAAUUGUCCAAGUUCAAAUCUGUAUUGUAUUUCCUUUUCUCUUUUCUUUAAUUUGUUCUAAUGUGCACUGCAAUGAGCAAAUCAUAUUUAUAAUUAUUCUCCAUUACUAUUAUAAUAAUAGUCAGGUGGCCUUUUUAUACAAGAUGUUGUGAAAGUGCUUACAGAGUUUCUAUUUUAUAUAUUGUUUUUUUUUAGGGGGGGGGGUGAAAAAGUAGCUACCUUUAUGUUGCAGGUUACUCGUCUGGGCCCCGUCUUACAAAGAGUUACGAUUGAUCUGAUAUGGAAAUCCAUCAAUGUAAUGAUUUUUUUCUUUAGAAUGUCCUUUGUAAGCAAAAAGAAGCACACUGAAUUUUCAAGAAAAAUGUGAAUAUACAUCGUAUCUAGAAAAUAUUCUAAACAAACCUGUAUUUUAGAUGUUGACGUUGCUGGCUUUCCAAAGUUGUGGUUGAUUUGAUCAAUUGUAACUCUUUGUAAGACGGGGGCCCAGUUAUACCGAUGAAACAAACUCCAAACCAAAUGAUGUCAUUGGAAAUAACUUAAAUCAAUUUGUCUUUGGUCUGGAGUCUGUAUGGUUGGUGUGAUUGAUUCUUGCUGCAGUGUCCUCAUUCCGGGGGGGGGGGGGGG